CAGAUAACACAUGUAGACAGCCAAGAAAGAAGUACAGAGCAUCUGGGGUUAAAUUAUAUAACAGUUGGUACUACCAGAUGGCCUUUGUAAACACCAUGGGGUGUAACAUCUAACUUAAUUUGUCAUUUUAUUAUUCAAUAUUUGCUAAGAAAUGCCAAUAAACAAAAAAAAAUUGUAUAACAUUCAGGUAAUAACUAACCUUUGGAUACACAAACCGUGUCAAGGCAGCAAAAUAGUGCUGUUUAAGGCUAACUAUCUGAGUUUCACCAAAGCCACAGGGCUCAGAUUGCCUGGCAGCACAAGACAAUGAAAACAAUAAAAACUUAGAAGAAGUAACAUGCUAAACAAUUUAAAAUUUGCAUCAGCCCAGGAGGAUCAUAUGGGCUAACACAGUUAUCACAGUAUGCUGAAUUAUAUUUAUAACGAAAAAAACUGAAUGCACCUACUAAACAUGAAAGAUUGAAUCUAUCAAAACACCUUAAAACCCACAAUUUAUAACCUUUUUUCUGGUACAGUGACAAAAAGAAGGGUUAAAGUUUCCCUAGUUUCUUGUAUGAGUGAUUUGAGGUAGGCCUGUAUUCUUUGCUCCACUACAACCACAAGUUAAACUUGUUUUUUUUAAGUUGCAGAUUAAAAAAAAAAUCUUUAUAAUAAUUAACAUUAAAAUUGAGUUACAGUAGUCUUCUACCAAGAUCAGAGUAUUAAACAUCUUCUAGGAAUAAGCCUUGUAUUUCAGCUCUAAAGUGAAACUGGACACAGACCCAUGCUUGAAUCAGUAUUGUGCACACGCUUUCCAGUACGUUCUUUGAACUCUCUGCUCGUCCGUGAAUGGCUGUUCAGUAAAGGUGCCCCCAUUGUACAUUUCCAUCUUUGUCCCACUGUACAUUGAAAGCCUUUAUUCACAUACAGUGCAACAAAUGUUUCAGUUAGAGUUAGGGAAUAUGUGUGGUCAGCCCAUUCUCCCCUCAUCCAGCUCAAAAGACACGAUAACAUCCAGCAACAGGCUCCACCUGAAUAUGCAGAUUGCUUCUUCUGAUAUUUUUCCAGUUUUGGAUAAGGAAAACUCAGAUUCUCCAAAGAAAUGGGAGACUGGUCCAUUCUUGGCCGCUUCCUAACGGAAGUUCAAAACCAUUCGACUGUCAUUGGCAAGAUAUGGCUGACCAUGCUGCUCAUCUUCCGCAUCCUGCUUGUGGCACUGGUAGGGGAUGCUGUCUACAGCGAUGAGCAGUCCAAGUUUACCUGCAACACCCUACAGCCUGGAUGCAAUAACGUCUGCUAUGACACUUUUGCUCCUGUCUCCCACUUGCGGUUUUGGGUCUUUCAGAUUGUUUUAGUCUCCACACCCUCCAUCUUCUACAUUGUCUACGUCUUGCAAAAAAUCACCAAAAAUGAAAAGUUGGAGGAUAAGAAGGUUCAGGUGGUACCCAGGUCCUCACCUUCACUUGAGCGGGACAAACACGUAAGAGGAGAUAAAGAGACGACACUGCAUGCCGGCAGUCCUUAUAACACAACCUAUAACAAUGAGAACAGGAGCUCACAGGAAGAUGAGUGUGAUGAGAAGAGUCCGCUGGAGGAGGAUAUGGAAGAGGUAGGGAAGGACCCAACCCAGCUCUCCAGCCAAGUACUACUUAUCUACAUCAUACAUGUUUUGCUGCGCUCCAUCAUGGAGAUAAUCUUCCUCAUUGGACAGUACUACCUAUUUGGAUUUGAAGUUCCUCACCUUUUCCGCUGUGAGACCUACCCCUGUCCAAACAGGACUGACUGCUUUGUGUCUCGAGCAACAGAGAAGACCAUCUUCCUCAACUUCAUGUUCAGUGUCAGUCUAGGUUGCUUCAUCUUGAACAUUGUGGAGCUGCAUUAUCUUGGCUGGAUUUAUAUUUUCAGAGUAUUGUUCUCUGCAUGCUGUACAUGCUGUGACUCAGACAGAAACCCUGGGCAGAAGGUGGAUUUAUACUCUGACAACAACCCACUGUUGCUGGAGCUCAAACACUCUCUGCGUGGCAGGGUCGUCCUGCAGACCACCUCUUCCCUGUCCCGGGACAAGAGCAGUGGAGUCCCAAACCAAGGCCCGGCCAUCUCCUUUGAGACGGACUCCACACUGGAGUGCACUUCGAAGAGAAAUCCAGAUGAAAAGGAACGCAGCAAGACUAGAAUGCACAAUAUGGCCAAAAUAGGAAGAGGGAAAAAGUCAUGGCUGUAAAUAAUUUUUGUGUUAUAUAUACUGUAUAUAUUUUCCAUCUAUGACUGCGCGUGUAUAUCUCUAAAUUGAUUGAAAUUGAAAUAUUUUCAGGAUGAAUCAGUUUAUGUAAGUUAGUGAUUAAAAAUUAUUAAGACCAUUUCUAGGGAGAAACUGUGAGUUUUCUAGACACAGAAAAUCUCACUAGCGCAACAGUACCUAUCAUUAAUUCACUGGAAUUUUGAACUAAUUUGGAAAUGUUGCAAUUUGUUUACCACUCUUGGUCUACUCGGAGCACUGUAGAGGCAAGCUCUCUGUUAAUAUAGUCAAAUUGGUGUAUUUGUUAUGAUUUAUUCAUGCCUACACUUACUGCUAUACUGUUUACAACACUACCCUUGUUGGAGAAACAAGGGCCAUAAAGGACCCAUUGUAAAAAGAUAAUGAGUUAAAACAGCAGCUACUUAAUUCUUAGUGGGCCACUUAAAAAGCAGUGCACAAGGACUCUGAUCUGGUAAAGGAGUCUAUAUGUUGUUCCGAUCCAAUUGUUUGUUUGUUUUGCAGCAAAGUAAAUGGAGUGUAAUGUGAACAGCAGGUUACUUGUGGCAGAAUGAGAUUAAAAAAAAGCUUGUUUUUCCUUGACAUGACCUGAUAUAUCUGAAAAAUAUUCCAGCUAUCCUGCAUGGUAAUUAUAUCCCAUCAUUUAUAGGUUUUCAUGAUAUAUGCGUCUUAUAUAAACAUGGUAGGCAC